ACGCAGCUGGAGGAUGUGACCGGGCCUGCGGGAGCCGCCCAGGAGCAUGGAGACCGUGGUGAUCGUGGCCAUUGGGGUGCUGGCCACCAUCUUCCUGGCUUCCUUUGCAGCCUUGGUGGUGGUGUGCAGGCAGCGCUACUGCCGGCCCAGAGACCUGCUGCAGCGCUAUGACUCCAAGCCCAUUGUGGACCUCAUCGGCGCCAUGGAGACCCAGUCUGAGCCCUCGGAGCUGGAACUGGAUGACGUCGUCAUCACCAACCCUCACAUCGAAGCCAUUCUGGAGAAUGAAGAUUGGAUCGAAGAUGCCUCGGGUCUCUUGUCCCACUGCAUUGCCAUCUUGAAGAUUUGUCACACGCUGACAGAAAAACUGGUUGCCAUGACAAUGGGCUCCGGAGCCAAAAUGAAGACUUCAGCCAGCGUCAGCGACAUCAUCGUGGUGGCCAAGCGGAUCAGCCCCAGAGUGGACGAUGUUGUGAAAUCAAUGUACCCGCCACUGGACCCGAAACUCCUGGAUGCACGGACCACAGCCUUGCUCCUGUCUGUCAGCCAUCUGGUGCUGGUGACCAGGAAUGCCUGCCACUUAACCGGGGGGCUGGACUGGAUUGACCAGUCCCUGUCAGCCGCCGAGGAGCACUUGGAAGUCCUCCGGGAAGCAGCCCUGGCCUCCGAGCCGGAGAAAGGCCUCCCAGUCCCCGAAGGCUUUCUGCAGGAGCAGUCUGCCAUUUAGUGCCUGCUGGCCGGCAGCUGAUCUUAAGGGUCAGCCUGCUGCCACCCCUGGGUGGCUCAGCUGAGCUUCCUGGUCUUUGCUGUAGAGUUAGGCGUGUUCUCCACCACCCUGGAGUAUGAUGGUGGGUGCCUGGGAAAGCAGGGCAGCCCCAUCAGCGGGUGCUCUGUUGCAAUGGCAAAAGGUGGCUGGUGAGUGGCAGUGUAAUACCACAGUUUGUGCAGAUGACAGGCACCCUCAGCACAGCAGAGUGUGAACGCAGGACUGCAAGCGUUAUUUACCUCCCCUCGUGUUUUCAAGAACAUCAAGCCACCAUCCACAAGCCAGGAGUUUCAGGAUAAAAUCAGAAUGUCUAGCUCCCCGUGAAUCAGAGGGGUUUGCUAGCAGUCAUCUGCACUCCCCAAAGAGACAAUCAGGAACUAACUAGGAGUUGUGCCUCUUCUGACAAGACUUCUCCUCUCUCAUCUGGCCUGUGUCUGUUAUCUGUGUUAUCUACCUUGUUCUGCCGGCGUCCGAGUCCCCCCUCCUCCCCUUUGCAGCUUCCGGAGCACAGCCUGGUAGAAUUUUGUAGUGACUGUGCCUGCAAUUUGACCCGGUUACCACUAGGGGGACAGUAAUCCGAGACCUGGGUUUUCCUCAAGUGUGUGGACCAAUGCAUGGUGUGUGGUGGGAUAUUUUGGGCUGAGAACUGUGGCUGGAAGGAGACAGGCCCCCUAAGGACCAGGAGGAUGGUUUAUAUUUAAAGAGCCCUCAGGAUUCAGGCAGAUAUGAUAUACCAACAUUAAGUACUUUCCCCAUGAGCUUCCCCAGGAAGGACGCCUUUCCCUUUCCUCUGAUGAUGUUUGUUUUGCAAAUAUGGAAAGAUGAUGGGGUCCUUUUAUGAUUUUGAGACCUCUGGGGAACCCUGGAUUACAAUUGCAAAACCACAGGGACCUGUUUUUAUCAUAAGCACGUGGGAGGUUGGAAGCACUUUGCUUCUCAGGUUCUUAGAGACGACGUCUUGGGAGAGGGCCUUGGCUUGGGGACUGCCCAGGUUUCUAUCCUGUGCUGUUCAGUAUGUUUGUCACUGCUGCUUCUUAGUCUGUUCCCUCGGCCUGAAGUCAGCAGCUUUCCGCCCGAGUCUAGGAAACUAGGAGCUACCGGUACGUUCCCAGAUCUAAGAUUGGACCUGGCUUAUCUGUCCUAUGGGCAUAUUUCAUUCCCUACUGAUAAAUGGACUGAUUCUAACCAGCAUGAGGUACACACGCCGGGAGAGGGAAAGUGGAACUCAACUCACGGGAACUCACGUGUGGAUUCCUGAUGGCAGGGGACCUUUUAUUGAAUCGUUCCUUCCCACCAAUCUUGAACAUGUGUUACGUAGCUAACUUUCUUGUCCUUCUGGUGAGCUGUGAAGUCCCGGACUUUUCUGUCUGUGCUUUUCUUACCCACCAUCGACUUCCACUGCCCCCUGAGUGUGUGUGUGUGUGUGUGUGUGUGUGUGUGUGUGUGCUUGGAAACUGAUCUAAGGCUGUGGCGACUGCUGUGACGUCAACGUCUGUUGCACGGCUUGUUACGAACACUUGAUGGUUUAGUGAAAGUGCAGGACAAAUUGGCGACCCCCUUGACAGGUUAUGUACAUUUUGUUUCAAGACAUGAAUUGCGAGCGUCUCCUCUUGCUUCCUCCUUGGCUUCCCCGUUUCCAUCCGCCAUCUGUCUCUCCUGAUCCUUUCUGCCUCCUGGAAUUUGUUUUGGGGCAAUUGCUGCCCUUCUGAUGGGGUGUGAUUGCUUGUUUCAGAGAGCAUGUUCCUCGUGGGAGUUCAGUUGUUCGCUUGAUAGGCGUGAGUGUUUGGCUGAACGGUGCUCCCUGAGGGUGGGGUCUGUGCCAGGGUGAAAGGGUAUCAGGGCCACAAUCACAGGGCUUCUGCCAGUCGCUUAUCACACCAGUAACUCUGGUCUUUUUUGGUGAUUUUGUAUUUUGUUCUGCAUUUUUCUCUCACCCCUUCCAGCAUCUUCUAGUGCAAUCCCCAUCAGAGCCGUCGGCCGUGGCUGUGGGGCACUAGCUAGUUCUUCAGGUCUCAGACGAGUGGGGGCUUUGACUCACGUGACCCAUUAGCCUUCUGGACCCUUUGCUCCCUUAUGCCUUUGAUUUCCCUCACUCCUCUGUGCUCUAGAUGGGAAGAGAGCCGUGGCUGGGUUUUAGGUGGCAGCUCCCCAAGGUUAAGCUGCUGGUUGCUACUCAUCACAGCAGUAUGCAGACCGCUGUCUUUAUGAACUAUGCCAAAUGACCGAGCUGUCCCCUAGGCCCUCCAGCCCUCAGUUCCUCAGAGGGUUUGGUGUGGCUUACAAGUUUCCAUCACUCUGUCCCCCGUAUGCUUGACUGUACUGGAUGUGUGACACCUAUACAGCUAUACCUGUGUGUGCUUCUAGAGGGACUCCUGCGUACCCUCCCGCACCUGUUGGCUUCCAUGCCUCGCUGUGAGUCCAUUUGUAAAGCGCUGGACCUGUUAGGACAGGAUUGUGUAGGUAGCAGUAGUCACUGUGGAGCUUCCAGUGCCUGCCGUCACUCGGUCCUGUGCUGAUGUCCUACUCACUGUGUGCGCUGCCCAGUUAGUGCAUGUGUACUAUCUACCUAGGGCUCCCCUCCUUCCCCCACGAUCCCCGGGACCCAUCAGAGACGGUUGCUUCUGUUCAUAAGCCUUUCCUUGACUUUCUAUAAGAGUAGCCACCUACAAUAUGUAUCCCCUUAUGAUUGACUAAUUGCACAGUCCCCUUCAGGUUCACGCGUGCUGUGAGAUGUUUUGUGGAUUCAUUGUUUAUUCCCUCGUGUCUGUACCACCAUGGGUUAAAUCCAUCCAUCCACCGACGAGCACGCAGGCAGUUUGUAUCCUCUUGCCUACUGUGAACAAUGUAAUCAUGAACAUGGGUGUACAUCUGUC